AUGCUACAGGACUUAUCGGGGGCAACAGAGUCACCGAGGUACACAUUUCUCCUAAUAUCCCUUAGUCCCAAAGAGCCUCGUGGUCUGAUAAAUAUACAGGAUGUCGAUGUCGGAACAGACAUCGACUGCGGUGAACUCCUGCUGAAAAGACUAGGUUUCAUCCGCAGUGGUGAUGGCAGACUAGCUUAUGAUUACCGCGGGACAAAGUGUACGUCGAGGCCCACGCAACCGCUCAUGGCACAUCCCAGAUCCCAGGACAACAGAUGUCUACAAUGUGAAUCCUGGGGAUCAGAGCGCCGGUUGAAUACCUCCAUCUCCAUUGUGCAUCCCUCCGUGCUGGUUCUCACAAAGCUUAAGUGUUGGAGCACGGCCGAGGUGGCGACCAGGCAAGCAUACCACCAACGAACGCGCACCGAUCUGGCCGAUAUUAUGACGAUUCUGCGUUGGCUAGAACAGAACAAGCUCAACAUCAAUUUUGCUGGGCUCGCGCGUGUUCCUAAAGCGAGCUGUUGUCGCUCCUCGCGAAACUUUAUUGGUCCCAAAAGGAUGUGCGUCCCCACUUUGCGGCAACACUGA